AGUGCGGCGUGUUCGUGCAGGUGCAGGGUGGGCUGGCGGGAGCGUGACGAGGAUUCGCUACUUUGCACGUCAAAAGCGAGUCAACGAAUCCUCGGUCAACUAUCGCCAGCCGAAACGGUCUUCGGGCGAAAUUUCUUCGUUGUUUCCUUCUUGCGGAGGCAUCAUCACGGUCCGUAUCACGCCAUCACGGGGAUGCGCAUAGGUGAUACGUGUCACCAAUUUAACACUUGACGCCACCGGUACCUCUGGCUCUCUAGCGUACGGCAUACUUGGAUUAGUGCUUAGCGCUUGAGAAAUUGCUCCGCGCGCUGCUAGAUAUUGCAUGUACAACUGGUGUUCGCGACUUGGUGGUUGGUGCAGCACGGCACCUACAACUACACCUGCACGGCCGCUGCACCUUUUACUUAGUAGGGUACGUAGUACGCUUCAUUUUGAUUUACUGCUGUCUUUGAGGUAUGAGCAACCAGAAGACUGACUAGUCUGGCAUGCACUGAUGCACGGUGACGAAGUACAGUUAUUCUAUCCUGACCUUGUGCGGCAUUGCAGUCACACCACACGUGCACAGUACAUACGGUCUAUACUUAGCACAUACUUCAUUUCGCUUUACCUUUGAACCAGGCCUGUUUGUUUGGACUUCUAUUUCAGUUUUCGGUGCUUCUAGUAAUCUCAAAAGCACUUCUACUGUUUACACAUGAAACUGAGAAGCAUCUCCGGACGUGCUUCUCAGCUAGAAGCACCAAAAACACACGUCCGGAAGUGAUUCUCAGCUUCAUGUGUAAACAGGAGAAGUGUUUUUAAAAUUAAUAAACCAAAAGCUGAGCCAAACAAAAGUGGCCUAAGUACGACUGACUAGAAGCUUGACUAGUCUCCCACCAAGGGCAUGCACGAUAACAUCUCCAUCCAGGACUUUUCCCCGUUUGAACGCAGCUACCGUUGUGCGUGCGCGUUUCGGUCUCCGGACGCAAACCAGGCCGUUAGAAAGACGAGCAGUGUGGCAGAAAGCGCUAGUCAUAUCACCAGUCUGAAGUUCGGACAUUUGCUCCGGACAAGGCCAGUCCACUCGAAUCAUAAAUCCCAAGAAACCACGGCGUCAGUCCGAACUCCGAAGCCCCUAGUAGUUUGAAGCUUCCGAGCAAGCACGUCGCCAAGCACAUAAUUAUAAGGGUCAAGUCACGUUCCCGCCCACAUUUGCUUACCAUAUAUAUAUGCGGAGUACUCCACUCCUCUGCCCGCGUCCACCGCGGCGGCGGGACAUCAGAGCAGAACACCACGAUACCGACCGAAAAACAUGGCAACCUUGCCAUGCCGCGCGUCCCUCCCUCUCUUCCUCCUCCUCUGCUGCCUCCUGCACAGCGCGGCCGCCCAACCCGCCACCACUACGGCGGCGUACGAGAGGCAGCUGCUCAUCCAGAUCAAGGACGCAUGGAACAAACCGCCGGCGCUCGCGGCAUGGAGCGGCUCGGGCGACCACUGCACCUGGCCCUACGUGACGUGCGACGCGUCGUCGGGGCGCGUCACGAACCUCUCGCUCGCCAACACCGACAUCACCGGCCCGGUCCCGGACGCCAUUGGCGGCCUCUCCAGCCUCGCGCACCUCGACCUCUACAACAACAGCAUCAGCGGCGCCUUCCCGACCAGCGUUCUAUACCGCUGCGCUUCGCUGCGGCACCUCGACCUGUCCCAGAACUACCUCGCAGGCGAGCUCCCCGCCGGCAUCGGCCGCGACAUCGGGCAGAACCUCACUUUUCUCAUCCUCAGCGGCAACUCCUUCAACGGUACCAUCCCCACCUCGCUGUCCCGGUUACGGAACCUGCAGCGGCUCUCGCUGGAUAACAACAACUUCGCCGGCACCGUCCCGGCCGAGCUCGGCGACCUGACGAGCCUCUGGAGAUUGGAGCUCGCGAACAACUCGUUCGCCGCGGGCGAGCUGCCGUCGUCGUUCAAGAAGCUGACCAAGCUGACAACCUUCUGGGCGGCGUGGUGCAACCUCGUUGGGGAUUUCCCGAGCUACGUGGCGGACAUGCCGGAGCUGGAGAUGCUCGACCUCUCGGUCAACGCUUUGACCGGGAGCAUACCUCCGGGGAUUUGGAGCCUCCCCAAGUUGCAAAUUCUGACCAUCUAUGGCAACAACCUCACCGACGUCGUCGUCGAUGGUGCCUUCGGCGCGCUGAAUUUGGUCACGAUUGACCUUUCUUCGAAUCACAGGCUAAGCGGGCGGAUUCCGGAAGGCUUCGGUCGCUUGCAGAGCCUUGUGACCUUGAACUUGUACUCCAACAACUUCUCCGGCGAGAUUCCCGCGAGCAUCGGCCGGCUGCAGUCAUUGGAAACGCUGAAAUUGUUCGGUAAUCGUCUCAACGGCACGCUCCCUCCAGACCUCGGCAAGAAGAACUCGUCGGCGUUGUUGUCCAUUGAAUUCGACGACAACGAGCUCACUGGCAUGAUACCGGAGGGGCUGUGCGACAACGGCAAGUUCCAGUCGCUCACCGCCAAAAACAACCGCCUGAGCGGCUCCAUCCCGACAGGCCUCGCCGGUUGCGCCACGCUCGUAAACCUGCAGCUCGACAAUAACCAGCUCUCCGGCGAGGUCCCUGAAGCGCUGUGGACGGCGGCAAAGCUUUGGUACGUGUUCUUGCGGAAUAACCGGCUCAGCGGGAGUCUGCCGGCCACCAUGUACGACAACCUCGCCAUUUUACGCAUAGAGAACAAUCAGUUUGGUGGAAACAUCCCAGCGGCGGCGGUUGGGAUCCGGGAGUUCUCCGCCGGGAACAACAAUUUCUCUGGAGAGAUGCCGGCCAAUUUCGGCAGUGGCAUGCCGCUGCUGCAGACACUGAACUUGUCCGGCAACCGGCUCUCUGGCGGGAUGCCGAGGAGCGUGGCCAAGCUCGGAUCGCUGACGCAGCUGGACCUGAGCAGAAACCAGCUCACGGGCGAGAUACCGGCGGAAUUGGGCGCCAUGAGGGUGCUCAACGCGCUUGACCUGUCGUCGAACACGCUCUCCGGCGACAUACCGCCACCGCUUGCCAGGCUACAGCUUAACUCGCUCAAUCUGUCAUCGAACCAGCUCGGCGGCAGGGUGCCGGCCGGGCUCGCCAUCGCCGCCUACGAUCGGAGCUUCCUCGACAACCCCGGCCUCUGCACCGCCGGCAGUCUAGGGUCCGGCUACCUCGCGGGCGUGCGCUCUUGCUACGCGGGAUCAAAAGCCGACGCUUCCUCCUCCGGGGGCGUCUCGCCCGCGCUCCGCACUGGGCUCCUUGCCGCAGGCGGCGCGCUCCUGCUCCUCAUAGUGGCCUUCGCCUUCUUCGUGGUCCGCGAAAUCAAGAACAAGAAGCGCGCGGCACGGGACGGUGGAUGGAAGAUGACACCGUUCCAGACCGACCUGGGUUUCAGGGAGGAGAACGUACUCCGGGCGCUCAACGAGGAGAACCUCGUCGGCAGCGGCGGGUCGGGGCGCGUGUACCGCGUGGCGUACACCAACCGGUACAACGGCAGCGCGGGCGCGGUGGCCGUGAAGCAGAUACGGAGCGCCGGGAAGGUGGACGAGAAGCUGGAGCGCGAGUUCGAGUCGGAGGCCGGCAUCCUCGGCGGCAUCCGGCACAAGAACAUCGUCAGGCUGCUGUGCUGCCUCUCCCGCGCCGACUCCGCCAACAAGCUCCUCGUCUACGACUACAUGGAGAACGGCAGCCUGGACGUGUGGCUCCACGGCCACGGCCAAGGCCUCCCCCACGCGGCCAUUACGGCGAGGGCCAUGUCCGCGCGGCGGGAGGCUAACCUGGACUGGCCGACGAGGAUCAGAGUCGCCGUCGGCGCCGCGCAGGGGCUGUGCUACAUGCACCACGAGUGCUCCCCGCCCAUCGUGCACCGGGACGUCAAGACCAGCAACAUCCUGCUGGAUUCCGAGUUCCGGGCUAAGGUCGCGGAUUUCGGGCUGGCCAGGAUGCUGGUCCAGGUCGGCACGCUCGACACCAUGUCCGCCGUUGCCGGGUCGUUCGGCUACAUGGCUCCUGAGUGCGCUUACACGAGGAAAGUGACAGAGAAGGUGGACGUGUACAGCUUCGGCGUCGUGCUCCUGGAGCUCACCACCGGCAGGGCGGCCAACGAAGGCGGCGAGCACGGGUCCCUGGCGGAAUGGGCGCGGCUCCAUUACCAGUCAGGAGGAAGCAUCCCCGACGCUACAGAUACCCGCAUCAGAUACGCGGGGUGCUCGGAGGAGAUCGAGGCCGUGUUCAGGCUAGCCGUGAUGUGCACCGGAGCCUCGCCCUCCUCGCGGCCGACGAUGAAGGACGUGCUGCAGAUCUUACUCAAGUGCUCGGAACAGACGCUACAGAAAGGCAAGACGGGGCAUCGCCGAGAGCACGAGGCAGCUCCGCUCUUGCUGCCACAGCGCGGCAGCCGUCGGAAGCAGCUUUCCGACUCUUCAGGAUCCGACAGCGAGGAGAAGAGCGACUUCGACUCCAUUGUCUGAAUUAAGGAGUGCACUUAGUUAGCACAACAGCUAUGAUGACCCAGGACAGUGCAUUUGUACUCCAGUGCAGAAUUGGCAAUACUAUUACCAGAGGAUUAAUAGUCUCAAUUUUGCUUCAGAGUCGUUAUUGUAUACACUGCCUACCUUGUUUUGACACCUAGACAGACAUGUACACAUAUAUGACCAAUUGAGCAGAAGAAAUACCAAGUAUUGGAUUA